AUGUCCAGAUCCAGUAUUAAUUUGUGUUCAGUAUCAGCGUUAGAGAUUCUUGUUAAAAAUGCUUAUUGGAAAGCUGUUGGAACAGUUCGUACAGCACUGAAACCAUAUAUUAUAUGUACGUGGAAUAAAUUCAGCAUGAAGCUAAUUGUUAAUGCGGCAUUAUCCAGUAAACAUCAUGCUUCAUAUGAAGUCGUAUUUGAUUCUGCAUUAUCAUAUACAACACAACAAAAUGUCAUAUUACAGCUGUAG